UUCAAUUGAGUUGACUGUGCGAUGCUGUGCUGGCAAGCUCAAGAUUCGUUAGUGCAAAGAUUCUAUCCCUUCCCGUUUGCUCCAAAAAACACAUUGAAAUACACGCUCCAAAAGUCAAGUAUUCCUUUGGUAAGGAACAGAGCGGUCAAUGCAAAAGAUCCCUAAAUAUUUCGUGAUUCAGUUCCUGUUUUUCUUUUAUGUUCAAAACAACAUGUACAUUCCCAGGAUACAUGGGGAAUUCAAAAAGCAAAUUGUAUUGAUCCUAUAGUGAGCUAAUUAGAAGUGCGCUUCAGUUCAGAUUGUUCAAAAAGGACUCGACUCGAAGAUAAAGUGAAGUUAGAAUAAAUUGAUCAAUCAGUAUCUGUGCUUUUCUAUAGAAGAAAGGACGAAAGAGAAACAGAGCAUCAUGAAGUGGCAUGCAUCAUCAUACCUGGAAAAUCGACUCUUCGAUUCAAGACUUGUAAAGGAAAACUUACUGGACAAGUGGAAUAUCGACGGAGAAAUGCUAAAUCAACGUCGGGAUUUUCGACAGUUUCAGGAAAACUAUCCAUGGAGUUCCGGGUCGAGUGCAGCUGGACCGCCCAUUCCUACUCGGGCUGGAAUCCCAUACCAAACCGCAUUGGGACAUCCAUGGAAGCCUACCUUUGGAUGUGAAAUUACCCAACCUGUUCAUCUUCCGCAGCCGAUCCAUCACCAAAUGGUCAACGUUCACUACAACCCAUCGAAUAUGUCGUCGGAGCCUUUAAAAUUCCCCAAUUUGGUGACGGGAUAUGACACCAAUCCACAACAUGCUGCAAGGACUGCAUUGUAUACACGUUUUACCCCCGGGGAAUGGUCCAAUCAUUGUUUAGAUAUGUACUCAGAGUCCAACGAAAACAGGAACAAUGCAGAACGACUCCGUGCCGAAGCUGUCCGGACUAUCCGAGAAACUGAUGAGAAGACUGCUCAAGGACAACGAGAUGCUGGUCGGCGACUAGGCGAGCGUUUAACUGAUGUCACAUUUUGGCGUAACGAACUCAACACUGAACUGGAGAAACUCAUUUCAGAAACAGCCAUGUUAUGCGAUACCAAACGUGACUCAGAGAAAGCUCUAGCCGAUCUAGACGCACCUCUUCAUAUUGCCCGGGAAUGCCUUUACAACCGGGAGAAACGUGAGGGCGUAGAAAUGGUCCAUGACCAUGUCGAGAAGAAUUUGAUUUUGGAAGUAGACAAUCUACGAAAUAGUCAACAAAAGCUUCGGAAUUUAUUGGACAAAAUUUCGAGACAAUUGGCUCAGUGUCGAGCCUCUCAACACGAACUUGAGCAGGAUCUCAUGCUGAAGGAGUCUGCUCUUGGAAUCGAUGGAGUUUGUCACAAGCUGAACAACUACAGCCGCGGUAUAAAUUACUUUGCAAGUAUCGAGAAGUAUGAUCCCACGCUUAGCACUGCUGAUACUUGGGCUUCAGCGAGCUCAACCAGGAUCAAUAGAUCUCAGUCAGAACGAACUAGUUCGGCUCAGCUUCGUAGCGAAGCUGCAACGCUUAUAAACUCCGUAAGCUCUUCUGUUUGGGAUCAUUGGAUAAACACCAAUAAUGCCCUGAACCGGAGGGCAGCCGAAAUGUCUGAAGCCAAAAGUAAAAUGCAACUCCAUCUGCAUCAAGUACAACAAGAAAUUUUCGAUAUGGAAAAGCAUAUUGCGCUGCUACGAAAAGCAAUUGAUGAUAAAUCGAAUCCUUUGAAGGUGGCUCAAACCCGUUUGGAAGCACGAUCUCAUCGUCCUGGUUUGGAAUUGUGCAAGGACUUUGCUCAGGUUCGUUUGGUUCGAGAAGUGUGCGAUAUUCAGGACUCGGUGGCCAAUUUGCAUCAAAAAUUGCAAAGAGCGGAGGAGCAGCAUCAACAGUUGCUGAUGACUAGAGCCAAUCUAGAAGCUGAUAUGAAGCGGAAGAUUAACGCCUUGUUUCUGGAUCGGGAGAAGUGCAUGGGAAUACGACGUACUUUUCCUGCUAGUAAUAUUAUUAAAUAUUAACGAGUUAUGGAAUUUCUGGGACCACAUGCAUCAUAUUAUUUAUUUCACACUAAUUUGUCUUUAUUUCUUGUAUCCAUGAUAUUAAGAACAAAAUAGAAAAUCUGUGCAAG